AUGUCUGAAUCAUUUCAAGCCUCUGAAAUUGACUUUCUCGCUAGUAUAGGCAUCGUAAUGAAUCAAGAUGGCACCAUCACUCGCGACCCCACCAGAUUCCCCUGCGUCCCAGCCACACCUAAUAUAACCAAAGACAUUGUUGUGAACCACUCAAAGUCAACAUGGAUGCGUCUCUACGUCCCCAUAACCGCACUAAAGUCCAAAAAACUCCCUCUCGUUGUCUUCUAUCACGGCGUAGGUUUCAUCACCAACAGCAUCGACCCAGUCGACCACGAGUUCUGCCACCUUAUGGCGCUGAAGCUCAACGUGGUCGUCGCGUUAGCUUCGUACCGGGUAGCUCCCGAGUUUAAACUCCCCGCCGCGUACGACGACGGGGUGGACGCGGUGAAGUGGCUAAGAAACUCCGAAGACGAGUGGAUCAAAUCUUACGUAGAUCUUUCUGAUGUGUUCCUCAUGGGGAAAAACUCCGGUGGUAACGUAGCUUACAACGUUGGAAUUAGAUCUAACAAGCAAGAUCUAACUCCGUUAUGUAUCCGUGGAUUGAUCUUACUCGAUCCCUUCUUCGGCGGCCAAGAGCGGUGCGAGUCUGAGCUCAGACAUGUGAACGAUCAGGUUUUUCCGGCAGGGUUGGGAGGGAAGGUGACGGUUACUGGAGAAGGAGGAGGUGCGAUGAUAGAUAGGCAGAGAGAUGUGGCGAAUUUGAUGAAGGAGAACGGAGUUGCUGUGAUUGAGCAUUUUAUCGACGGUAGUGAUCCUAACAAGACUGAAACUAUGUUUGCUUCCAUAAAAAGUCUCAUUUACUCUUCCCGUUAG